AUGAGUCACAAUAACACCUGGAGACCUGUGCACACCAUGAGUCACAAUAACACCUGGAGACCUGUGUACACCAUGAGUCACAAUAACACCUGGAGACCUGUGCACACCAUGAGUCACAAUAACACCUGGAGACCUGUGCACACCAUGAGUCACAAUAACACCUGGAGACCUGUGCACACCAUGAGUCACAAUAACACCUGGAGACCUGUGCACGCCAUGAGUCACAAUAACACCUGGAGACCUGUGCACACCAUGAGUCACAAUAACACCUGGAGACCUGUGCACACCAUGAGUCACAAUAACACCUGGAGACCUGUGCACGCCAUGAGUCACAAUAACACCUGGAGACCUGUGUACACCAUGGGUCACAAUAACACCUGGAGACCUGUGCACACCAUGAGUCACAAUAACACCUGGAGACCUGUGUACACCAUGAGUCACAAUAACACCUGGAGACCUGUGCACACCAUGAGUCACAAUAACACCUGGAGACCUGUGCACACCAUAAGAACAUAA